GGCAACGCAGCAAUCUCCCGCGUCUGGGCGGGCAUGCGCGAGCGGCCGAGAUAAAAGAAUUGAACUUAUAGACACUGAUCUCAGCACUCGGUACGACCAUGAAAAUCGAUAGACUUCACCGAUUGAAGAUGCGUAUGUAUACGCCAUAGUGACGUCACGGAGAAGUGUAGAACAGGAGUGUUUAUUAUGAGAAGUGGCAUACCGGCGUCGGCGCCAAUCUAGCGUUUCCCGACGAAGUUCAGCUACCUAGAGAUUUGCAUAGUGUGCGUGUCAAAACUUUAGAAGAUACGUUUCCUGGGUGUUGUGUAGUUCUGUGAGAGAUGCCAAACUAGUUUUAUUUUUGUUAAGAAAUGGGCGAUAAUUGGAACUUCCUUAGAAGGGCUUUCGUUGUUGACGAUAUUCCAGAAGACUUUGAUCCUUCUGCAGACCCAGUAGAUGGGGUGCAUUAUUUGCAGCAGGUUCGUUGGGAAGCUUCGCAAUGUGCCCCCGUGGUGACUGCAGUUAUUGAUGAGGAGAAACGGAAGAUCAGAGGUGUUGUCAAUGUAUUGCCUGAGUGUGAGAAGGUCCCUUCACAAUUCUUGCCAGAUAUGGAAUGGCAACAGCUACAAGUUGCGCACUUUUCAGCAGUGAGAAAGAGAGUAUCAAAAUACAGGAACAAAGAUCCACCACAAACCAGCAAUACGCAAGAAAGUGUACCAGAAAUAGGCGACGAGAAAGCUUGGUACGCUAUCUGUGUGGAAUACAAAAUACCUCCUUUACUGAGUGUCGUUUUGCCAUUGCCGCAACUUCUGAUAGAGUGGCUGUUGCAGUGCAACGCGGAAUGGUUAUCGAAUUCGGAACAACUGUGCAAGAAUCAAGGAAGGUGGGUGUAUGCUUUAAUGGCAUGCAUAGAGUUGCCACUCACUCGAGAAAGUUGCAGCAGCCUUCGCGCGAUAGCGCGAGAAUGUGCAAGAAUUCGUGCUUAUGAAAAUUAUUAGGUAUCAGGAUAAUUUAACUGAGCACAAAUACUGGUUUGGGCUGCUGAACUUCUCAUAUACCUUCUGCUUCUGUAGUGAAGAAUACCAAAAAUUCUCCUGGAGUGUGGAACU